AUGGCGCAGGCGGGGAGAGUUGGUCCGGGGGCCUGGGGGCGGCGGUGCGUGGGCGGGGAUGUGGCUCCGGUCUGCGCACCUUGGCGCUGGGCCUCCGCGCUGCUCUGGCUGGCGGCGGCGGCGGCGGCAGCGGCGGCGGCGAGCGGCCCCUCCCGGCGCCAGUGGCCGGUGCCUUACAAACGCUUUUCCUUCCGUCCGGAACCAGAUCCUUACUGUCAAGCUAAAUACACUUUCUGUCCCACUGGCUCCCCUGUCCCAGUGAUGAAGGAUGAUGAUGUCAUUGAAGUCUUUCGUUUACAAGCCCCAGUGUGGGAAUUUAAAUAUGGAGACCUCCUGGGACACUUGAAAAUUAUGCACGACGCCAUUGGAUUCAGGAGUACUUUAACUGAAAAGAACUACACAAUGGAAUGGUAUGAACUUUUCCAGCUUGGAAACUGCACAUUUCCCCAUCUCCGACCUGAAAUGAAUGCCCCUUUCUGGUGUAAUCAAGGAGCUGCCUGCUUUUUUGAAGGAAUUGAUGAUAUUCACUGGAAGGAAAAUGGGACGUUAGUUCUAGUAGCAACCAUAUCAGGAGACAUAUUUAACAAAAUGGCAAAGUGGGUAAAACAGGACAAUGAAACGGGGAUUUAUUAUGAGACAUGGACUGUCCAAGCCAGCCCAGAAAAAGGGGCAGAGACAUGGUUUGAAUCCUACGACUGUUCCAAAUUUGUGUUAAGGACAUAUAAGAAGUUGGCUGAACUUGGAGCAGACUUCAAGAAGAUAGAAACCAACUAUACAAGAAUAUUUCUUUACAGUGGAGAACCUACUUACUUGGGAAAUGAAACAUCUGUUUUUGGGCCAACAGGAGACAAGACUCUUGCUUUAGCCAUAAAAAGAUUUUAUUGUCCUUUCAAACCACAUUUGUCAACUAAAGAGUUUCUUUUGAGUCUCUUGCAAAUUUUUGAUGCUGUGAUUAUACACAGACAGUUCUAUUUGUUUUAUAAUUUUGAAUAUUGGUUUUUACCUAUGAAAUUCCCUUUUAUUAAAAUAACAUAUGAAGAAAUCCCUUUACCUAACAGAAACAGAACACUCUCUGGUUUAUAAAACCUUAAUUCUACUGCUUUUUUUUUCUACUAGCUCAUCAGUUUUUCAGGGAGUGGUUUUACAUGUGUGGAUUUCUUAGGCCUUUCUUCCUUGGGACAGAAAGGUAAAAUACACAUGGGCAGAAUUGCUGCAUAAUAAUAUCUCGGGAAUUUUUUUGGAAAGAAGCUGAAAACUCUUAUUGUGUUGGCCAAAGUGAACCCAUUAGGUGAUCUUGAUUUCAAUCUCCAAGGCUUUGUUAAUAUGGAGAAUUAUAUCAUGUCAUCAGAUAUACAGGAUCUUUGGACUCAGAAUGUGAAAUUGUGGAUAUGGUGUGCCAAAACUAAAAAUACUGUCAGUGACAUUGUCAUGGUGGGAGCUACUUUUUGCAGAUAUGGUAAUUACACUUUCUCAUUUAGGUACUUUCUGGUAGUUUUGACACACUUUACAGCCUUUGUAACUUCUAGAGCCAGUCCUAGUAGUUUGAUUUUGUUCUAUCCACUUAACCUUAAAGAGUAAUUGGGACACCACAGCUGGAGUGGUCAUGCUUCCAGAUGUGGUAAAAUCAGUGAUAAAGAGCACAAGUUUCUGGCUAGCAUUUUAGAACUAGCCAGUAACUGGUAUUUUGUGAUUUAAGCAACUUAUCAUUUCCAAACCUUAGUUUCCUUAUCUCGAAAAUGAUUCAUCUGUCACGAUUGUUGUAAAGACUGAAGCCAUGUAUAGUUUGGCCUAGUAAGGUCACAGUAAGUGGUAACUAUGACGAUUAAUCAGAGAACAAACUGCCAUCAUUGAUCUUGCCUAAUGUGGUUUACAGGCCAGCCUUUCCUGGCUUUGUAAUAAUCACCCAGACUCUGAGUGGGCAGCAUAGUGCUUCUGCGGUUCUUCACACAUACGGAACAUGGAAGUAUCUGACUGCAGGUACAUCUGGGUGAACGGGCACCCUUUAACUAACUCCUUCACUGCUUCACACAGUCCCUCCGCCGCCCACUAAAGCUGCCAGCAGUGGAAGAAGGUACACUUCCCAGAGAGAGGGCAGGUUUUUGUCAAGGAUCGCCAAGUAGCCGUGCUUCCAUUAGGGCCAUCAAACAAGGUUUCAAGGUCCUUUAAGUGUCUGAUAACUGAACACCUUGUUUCUAUUCAUGGAAAAAAUACCUACCAGUCAGGAAAAUGAUGAGGCAGAGAUCAGAGAAAACAGUCUGUAUUUAAUAUGUAAAUGUACCAAUUCUAUUCAGUUUCUGCCCACAUUUGAGUGCUUCCUAAGAGGUUAGUACAUUGAGUUCUCAUAAAAAGCCUAAGCGUAGGUACUCUUCACGUGACUUAAAUGAGGAAAUUGAGACUUAGAAAGGUUACGUGACCUUUCCACAGCUACCCACCUAGUGGUAAUGGAGCCUCAUUUUGAACCAGGUUCUGCUGACUGAAUGGGAUGCACCAGCAAGCAGGUUUUUCAGUGCUGCUCAAAGUGUGGUCCUCAGACCAGUGCCUGGACCAUAAGUUACUAACACCAUAUGUUCUGGUCUGUGAGGAGGAACUCUUAAAGCAACUUGUUGGACUAAUUUUGUUUCUGUUGAAUCCAAUUAAAAAACAAAACAAAA